UCUUGGCGUAGGCAGGGCUGAUGAUAUACAGGCCGUCAUUGACCCACAGACAACUUAUAUAGGAUGAAGAGUUCGAACGGUGUGGAGAGACUGGGUUAUCUGGGCACCUCACCAUCACUGAUGAAAAGUUUUGUGUGUUCAAGAUAACAAAAGAUAAGACCAAAAUGGCUGUGGCAAUUGCUGGCGGAAUCAGCGGCCCCGGCCGUGCUCUCGUUGAAGCUAUCUCGGCCCAAGGAACCCAUGAGGUUAUCGUGCUGACGAGAAAGGUUUCAGGAAAGCCCGGAGGCGCUGCCCCCAAUGUUCGUUUCGUGGCUGCAGACUUUUCUGAUAUUGGUUCUCUUACGGCCGUCCUUGAGAAGUACAAUGUCGACACGGUGAUCUCCGCGGUCAACAACAUCACAAGGGAAAGCUAUUCAGAGUUGAAUCUCGUUGCAGCUGCCGAAAGAUCCAAGACAACUAGGAGAUACUUCCUCGGCUACUUACCUUACUUCGGUUGGCCUGCUUCCUUCCUCGGCCGGAAUGCGUUCUUUAACGACAUUGCGGACAAUGCCACGUCGAUCCCUGAAUCAAGGGAUACCAUCUUAUCCACACGUGUGGGAUUGCUUGCGCUAUUGCCGCCCUUCUUCAGAGUCCCAGUCGGCGUUCGUAAGAGUCAUUCCAUUGGCGACAAGGUCGUGUUCAACGAUCUUGUCCAUCUUGCAGAGGACAUCAAAGGUACCAAGUUCUCCAUUGUUGAAUACUCGAGUCUCGACCGAGGAUCUUGAGGCUGGCCAGAUGACGGCACCGCCAUCGGCGAGGGGUUGCUCGGAUUGUGCUCCAAGAAGAUGUAAA